AUGGCCACCACAGGCUCCCAACCCCCUGGAAGGGGCCGAAAGGACUGGCGAUACCUCCUAACAAGACCAACUGACCAACCACGCGUCUCAAUUGAGGAAUUCAGAGAGGCAAUCCACUCAGACAGCGACCGUGUUUAUAAUGAGUUGACGGCAAUCUUUGAUGGCAUCUUUGACGAUGAAAAAACAUUAAGGGAUAUGAUCACACGUCUGAGAAUGGAAUGGGACAACGUUACUAAUCAGGCCGCUGUCAAGCAAAGCCAGAUUGAUGAGCUAAUUGCUGAAUGUGAUGAACUUAGCCACAUCCUGGUCCGCAUGACAGUCAGCAACCAAGCAGCAAGUCGAGGCGUCACCCCCUCUGAGACUGCCAGGAGGUCUGUCAAGAUUGAUGACCCGAAACACCUCACUGACGGCAAGGAGCUGAAAUUUGAACACUGGCUCUCCUGGAUGAAGAACAAGCUCCGGGAGAAUGCUGACCACUACCCUACUGAACGCAUGAGAAUAGCGUACAUUGAAAACCGGACUGAUGGGGACGCAGCACGUCACAUUGCACCCCGUAUGGAAGAGGACCACCCCGAGCAAUAUCAAACCGCAGAAGAGAUGUUUGAGCACCUCAAGUCAAUAUAUGAGGAUGCUAACAAGCUGCAAAAUGCCAAGGGUGAUUAUCGCAAGCUGAUUAUGCGCAAUGGGGAUAAUUAUCAUGAAUUUGUCACAAAAUUUUUACACCUGGCAGGGGAGGCCAAGAUUGCCAGGGGGGACUACAAGACAGACUUCAAUGACAAGCUGUCCUUUGACCUCCAGAAGAUGGUAGCAGUAGCCAAUGCGACCACUGAUACAUAUGCUGAGUUUCAGAAAAUCUGUGUGCAGGCAGCUCACACCCUCCAGACAAUCAAUGCCACCCAGAAAUCAAAGAGCUCGCGGGGAAAUGGGCCUAAUACCUUCAAACAGAACACCCUGCAGACUGCCAACAGUCAAACACCCCCCAGCAUCUCUACAACAAAAUCCCCUACUGUGAAGGAGGCCUUGAGCUCUCGUCCAGAUAUUCAGUGCUACUACUGUAAGGAAAAAGGCCACAUUGCCAGGAACUGCCCUGCAAAGCAGAAGUCCCAGCAGGUGAUUGCUGAGCUCACAGGGAAUGAUGCCCCUGAGCCUUCAGCAGAUUCGGGAAAAGAGAAGUUUCAAGAACUCCCAUUCAAAUGCCGCAUGAAGGGAUACAAUGGCGCCCCCGGCGGGGUGAUAGACCGCACAUUGACCCUAAACCUCUGGGUGGAUGGCCGGAGAUUUCAGAAUGUCCCUCUGCUGGUAACAGACCUAGGCCAGCACCCUGUCAUCCUGGGACGGAAGUGGUUGGCAGCACAGGAUAUAUGGCUUGAUGUUAAAAACCAACGCCUGGUUUGGCCGAGUGAACGGUCUAUCCCUGAACAGGUGGCGGAGCCGAUGUUGAAGAUAGUACCCUGGUCAGUACUGAAGCGCCCAGACCCCAAGCCUGAGCAUCAGGCGGAUGUGGAACGAAGAGAGAUCAAGCUGGAUGAGGAGAUCAGACAGGAGCAUCAGGCUCAGCUCCGCAGAUUGAAAGGGACCAGCUCAGUCGUGAUGCCUGAGACGAGGCAGGGGCUGACCUGGGAGGAGACAGCACCACAGAUGAUGGAUAUGAACUUCAUUGGGGCUGCUUCCUUCCAUGGUUAUAUGAAGAACAAGAAGUCAACAGUCUUCAUAACCAGUCUGUAUGAAAUUGAUAAACAGCUUGAGGAGAAGCGGGGUUUAGUGGGAGCUGAGGAUGAGUCUGAUGAGGAGCUGAUCAGCAACUUACCAGAAUGGUUGAAAGGCCAGGAGGACUGCUUCUCAAAGAAAGCAUCAGAUGAACUGCCCCCCCUACAGAAGAAUGUUGAUUUUAAAAUAGAGCUCCAGCCUGAUGUUGACCUCACCCAGGGCAUUGGACAUGCGCCUCUAUAUAAGAUGAAUCUAGAGGAACUAGAGGCAGUGAAGACCUACCUUGAAGCCAACCUAGCAAAGGGUUUCGUCACCCCAAGUUCAGCCCCCUACGCCUCCCCAAUCCUGAUUGCCCGUAGUGGGAAGAAGCUACGAUUCUGUGUUGACUUUCGCAAGCUGAAUGCUAUAACCAAACGAGAUCAGUAUCCCUUGCCCCUGAUAGAUGAGCUGAUGGACUGA